CUGCAGCAGUUCUUAAAGAAACUGAGUAGUAAAUGAGUUUCACACGCCCCCAGGUUCCUUCUGUUAGGAGGAGCAUUUUAUAACCAGAAGAAAGUGUCAGCCUAAUAAAGAGACAAGUGAUCGCUGCUUGGGUAACAUCAGCAGAAAGGUGAGAGCUACAUUUACACAAGAUCACCAUGAAGGUUGCAGUGAUCGGAGCAGGGAACAGUGGUCUUAUCGCCAUCAAAUGCUGCUUAGAUGAAGGAUUGGAGCCGACUUGCUUUGAAAUGAGUGAAGACAUUGGUGGCCUCUGGAGGUUUACUCCAGAAGUAGAGAAUGGCCGAGCAAGCAUCUAUAAAUCCGUGGUCACCAAUACCAGUAAAGAAAUGAUGUGUUAUAGUGAUUUCCCGUUCCCAGAGAACUUCCCCAACUUUCUUCACAACUCUAAAAUGUUGGACUACUACAGAAGAUUUGCAGAGAGAUUUGGUCUUCUGAAAUACAUCCACUUUAAGACUUUUGUGCACAGUGUAAAGAAGCAUCCCAAUUUUGCCAGUACUGGACAAUGGAUAGUUACCACAGAAAAAAAUGGAAAGCAAGAGACAACCAUAUUUGAUGCUGUUAUGAUUGGCAGCGGCCACCAUUCAGAUCCAUAUUAUCCACUGGAAAGUUUUCCCGGCAUAAAAACGUUUAAAGGGUGUUACUUUCAUAGUCGGGAAUAUAAAUCUUCUGAAAGCUUUAAAGGGAAACGAGUUGUUGUUGUUGGAAUGGGAAACUCAGGAACAGAUAUUGCUGUAGAGCUUAGUCGUACUGCAGCUCAGGUAUAUCUCAGCACUCGUCGAGGAUCGUGGGUCAUGAGCCGUGUAUUUGAACAUGGGUAUCCUUGGGAUAUCUGCUUUGAUACACGGUUUCAGAACUGGAUCAGGAACACACUUCCAUCAUCUGUUGUCCUAUGGCUGACGGAAAAGAAAAUGAAUGCAUGGUUUGAUCAUGCCAACUAUGGACUUCAGCCUCGUGACAGUUCCCAGUUUAAAGAGCCUUUGUUUAAUGAUGAACUGCCGAGUCGCAUAACCUGUGGAUACGUGGUGGUGAAACCAGAUGUGGCAGAAUUCACUGAGACGGCUGUGAAGUUUGAUGAUGGGACUACUGAGGAAAACAUUGAUGCUGUUAUAUUUGCUACAGGAUAUCGAUUCUCCUUCCCCUUCUUGGAUGAAUCUAUAAUUAAAGUUGAAGAUAAUAAAAUAAGUUUAUACAGAAACAUCUUUCCUUUGACCUUGGAAAAGCCCACUCUGGGUGUCAUUGGCCUCCUCCAGCCACUUGGUCCAAUCAUGUCGUCUUCAGAGAUCCAAGCUCGCUGGGUGACCAGGGUCUUCAAGGGUUUAUGCAAAUUACCUCCACCAGAUGAAAUCAGGAGGGAGAUUGAUAGGAAAACAAAAAUUUCAAUACAAAGGUUUGGUACAGAGAGAGGAAACAGCCUACAGCAGGAUUAUAUUGAAUAUUUGGAUGAGCUGGCUAUAGACAUUGGCUGUAAGCCUAAUAUUUUUGGACUAUUAAUGAAAGACCCCAUUCUAGCUCUGACCCUUUUCUUUGGCCCUUGUACACCAGCACAAUUCCGCCUCACAGGCCCGGGACAGUGGCCAAUGGCCAGGAAGCAAAUCAUUACCACGUAUGAUCGCAUUUUAAAGCCAACUAAAACUCGAGUGUUAAAAAAACAAGAACAGAAUUCGUUGUUGAUGAGAUUUGGACUAGGGGCACUGUGUGUUCUUGCUUUGCUGUUAGCAGUUGUUAUGUACAAAAGCUAAUUUGAUAAAUCCUUGAAUGCAAUUAACCACUUAUCCGACCAAUUUUUUUUCUAAGAAUUAUUUCUUUUUUAUGAGUGAAUUGGGUGAAGAACAUGUUUUUAAACUUGGCCAACAUAAUUAUAUUUUAAAGAACAGCUUUUAUUAAAAUAUUUGUAACAAAUUGGUUUUCCAAACACCGGAACAUCAGGGGGUUAUUUUACAUUUCCAGUCUAGUCAGAUCCACAGUGUGGGCAUCUGCAGGAAGAUAAUUUUCCCUCAGCUGCUGCACAACAGGAAUUCUCCCCUAGUGGCUGCAGACAUUAGCAGCUGCUUUGGGAAGUUACUGUUGUGCAGCUGCUGAGAGAAGAUUCUCAUCCUGCAGCUGCCUACACUGUGUAUCUGACUGGUCGCAGCAUUUUUGACCUGAUCAGAUAAUGCACUGCCUGCCCAUCAACUUUUUUAACCAUUGGUAAAGCAUAAAAAAAAAAUGUACGUUUUUUUUGUAUUACAUAUACAAGUUCUCCCAUGUUCUCCCAUAUUCGUUAUUCCAAGAACCAAAUUAUUUAAUCUCACAUGACACUGACUGCCCCUUGCACAUAUCACCCUGCUUAAUGACCCCAUCAGACUCUCUCUAGGCUGUCCAUUGCUCACCAGGUGCUGAUCUAUCUGCAGUCUCCAUGCUGCACUACGUUCCCUGCAGCCACUGGGUAAGUACUCUGGGACUUUUCUCCAUCCAGAAGAUGCCAGGUCCAGCUUCGCCUCCUCACACUGCAUCUUAAAGUGAUUCUUGGGGUCUUAAAGGGAUCCCGAUGGAUGAUAUUUAUUUUCAAAUGUUAGUAAAUAUGUGCUUUAACCCCUGGAAAACAACAUCAAUUUAGGUCAAUUUCUAAUUGAUAAAAAUCAAUGAAAAUUGACCUUAGGUAAAUAUACCCCAUGGAGUCUAAUGAGUCCUUAGUCUUCACCAUUGACCCCCAUAAAAAUGAUUUGGCGUGUGCUGCUGGAAAGCCUACAAGUCACAGCCCUUUGUCACAAUCCAAUGUGUGUAGUGCUGAUUAAAGUGAUGAAGAUUGAUCAUAAAGCUGGGUCUGGUACACAAAGGACAGGCCACCAGAUAACGAUAUACAAUAAACUACAAAAGAGAAAAGAGUUGUCCUAUUGUGGGGCACAAAGAUAUUAUUAUUAUAUAUCACUAUAAAAUAUAACAUUUAAUCUCGUUUGCUAAAACCUUAUACUGUGAAAUAUUAAAAGCAGAUAGAAGAAUUAGCAAAAAAGUAAGAAAUGGUGAUUAAAAAUUCAUAAUGUAUAGUGCAUGCUAUGACUAAUUAUCAGCUCUUGUAUCAAAUGUUAACGCUGUUCUGUUUUUUUAAUAUAUCUGGUUAAUAAGCCUAAUAAUCGAUUAGAUGUACUGGAUCCUUUACUCGCAUCAAUAAAUUAAUAUCAUAAAUCCUA